AUGGGCUUGGGGAUUCAAGCAGGGGCUGUGCCUCCUUCUUCAGUUGGGCCAGUAUCUAAUACAGUGGUAGUUAUUUGGGGUCUAUUUGCUCACCAGGCCGCUAAGGAUGCCUCUGUUCACCUGGCGCACGUAUUCCAGAAGCUAGUGAUUGACCAUGGGAAGGACCACGGCUUCUCCACGACUAAGAAUGUCGAGGAUCGUUCACAACGUUACCAGUACGCCCAGCGAGUGCAGAAACGCCAUCGAAAUCAGUUAAAAGCUCUAGAGGUUCGGACCCGGAUGCCUGGGGGUUUCCCCUGCCCAUUUCGGUUCAGCUUCCACGCGUGA